AUGCAAAUUUUAACUACAUCUAACCAAAUCAAUGAAUGUAAGUAUAAUGAGACGAUAAAAGGAACAAAAUAAUUUCGCUCUAAAAACACUUAAAUAGAUAAUUAAAAAGAUAAAUCUUAACCUGAAUUGAGAAAAGAUUCUGAAGGAACUAAUUAAGGGAAUGUAUCAAUUUUAGUAUAAAUUAUUAGAGUAAAACAAUAUCAAAAAAAAAGAGUGAAGAAUUUGAUGUUAAUACUUGUAUAAAAAACAUAAUAUGUUUAUCUUUGAGUGUUGUUAAUGAAGAACUUUAAUUUAAUUGUUAAUAACAGACUUAGAAAGAAUAAAAUUCUGAACAUAGUAAUGUUUUAUAAAUUUGUGAUUAAGAGGAUAUUGACUUGUUUUAAUUACCUCCAACAGCUUAACAAUUUCCAACUUAAAAAUAAAAAUGCCACAAAAAGGCAAAGAACAGGAAGAAUAAAAUAGAUUCCUAGUUAAGAAUACUAAAAAAUUAAACACUCACAGAUAAAUAAUAACCACAAUAACCUGAAAUUCAAUAACAAUCUAAAGAAAAACAAUAUAAUUAACUUUCUCCUCAAGAGUCUCAUAAAAUAAAAUAAUAAAUAUCAUAGUAGAAAUCAAGGAAGUAAGUUAGUCUAACUUAAAUAGAAAAUAAUGAAUAGGAAAAUAAAAAAGAUUCUACUGACUUUGAUGCUUAAUUUAGUCAUGUAAUCUAUGUAAUAAUAUAUUAGAUUGGAGCAAGAAGCACAACUGCUGGAAAUUCAUAAUCAGAAUCUGAUGAUUGUCUAUAAUAGUAAGACGAAAAUAAAUUAUGUGCUUAAAAAUUAUCAAGCAGAGAUAAACAAAAGAAAAAACACUAUAAUAAUAAUGGAGAAAAAGUAGGUGAUAAAUAAUAUCCUCAUUCUACAUAAACAACACCAAUUAAAAGAAAAUAAUUAAAUUUAGUUAAAUCUAAAACUUAUGAUAUUGAUGAAUUAUUGAAUAUUAUUCAAUAAAAAAGUUAUCAAAAUAGAGUCAGAAAAUAAGUUUGUUUGAAUAGACUUAAUUAUCUUAUUUAUACUAACUAUAAUCUAAAUAUAUAUCCUUAUGGUUCCUUUGAAACUGGAUUAGAUUUAGAAAUAAGUGAUGUAGAUGUAGGUAUUUGGGGUUCAUAGAACUUAAACUAUAGUUAAAUAGUAAGUUUCUUAUAACUUUUAAAUAAUACAUUAAAGUAGACACCCUUUUUAAUUAAAUCAAAGUAAUAAAUUUAAUUAAAUGUUUUUUUAGAUUGAUUCAAGGUCAUAUGCCAAUAUUGAAAUUAGAAUUGAAUCCGAAAUCUAAUUUUUAUGAUGAGGAUUACCAAAUUCAAUAGAACUGGUCAUAUUUUCAUUUAGAUCAAAAUGAUCAAGGUAAUAUUAAAAUUAUAAAACUAUUAGGAAAAAUCAUUUAGGUAGAUAUAACUUGGAUUUAUUAAUGGAGUAAUAUAUAUAAUAAUCCUCAUUUGGGAUUUGCCUCGACAACAAUUGUUAAAGAUUGGGUUAGUAGAUUUGUUUGGUAUAGAGAUAUUAUGUUAAUUCUAAAACAUUUAGUUAAAUCAAAAAAUUUAAAUGAUGCUCAUACAGGUAAUUAAUGUUAUAUUUAUUUUUAAUAGGUGGGAUAAGUUCUUUUUGUUUAUCAAUAAUGUUAGCUGCAAUCUAUAUGUGUAAACAUUACACUCAAAAUGAUAAAAAAUAAAUUCUUCUUGACUUUUUAAAGAAGUAUGGUACUUAAUUCGAUCCAUUAAAAGAGGGCAUUUAUAUUGACAAUUAUGGGUAUUUAAUAAAUGUAAAUUAGUUAAUAAAAUCCAUUUAUAACCUUGGAAUAAUGUCCUCCUUAUAAUCCUCUCACAAUUUAUUCACCUAUCAAUUAUUAAAUAAUUUCUCAAAAAGCUCAUAGAUUUUUAGAGAUAUAAGAAGAAUUUAAAUAGCUCUAUGAAUACUUGACUAAAUCUAAUAAAAUUUAAGACUACUUUGAUUUGCCUUUAUAAGUGAAUUAACCAUUAUUUAUAUGA